GAUAGACCCGUUAUUCCUUGAAUGGAUAAAGAGUCACUUCUCAGUCGUUCUCUGACUGAGGUACAACAUCGAAACACCAUCACCAGCCGUGAAUGAUGAUGUGCUCAAUAGCACGGCGCUUCCGUCGCCUCGAUACAGUGCCUCGGGUUUCUAGUGUAAUUUCUGGUCGAUGUUUCUCCUCUGCGCUUCAGCAAAGUUCUCGAUCUCCGGAUGCGCCAUUUCGCAUGGCAGUAGUAGGAUCUGGACCGGCCGGGUUCUAUACUGCCUACCGAGUAAUGGGGAAAGUGCCAGGAGUGAAAGUGGAUAUGUAUGAGAGUCUUCCCGUACCGUUCGGUUUGGUUCGUCAUGGCGUUGCUCCAGAUCAUCCAGAGGUCAAGGUUGGUUACCCUAUAGAACAACUAGUAGACUAGAAUACUCACAUGACAAUAGAAUUGCCAAGAUAAAUUUGAUGAAAUUGCAUCACAGCCCAAUUUCACAUUCAUUGGUAAUGUUUCUAUUGGUCAUCCUGGCAACUCUUCGAAGCAUUGCACAAUAGAGUUGCAUAACCUCAUGCAGCACUAUGAUGCUGUUCUUUUCGCAUAUGGAGCAUCCGAAGACAAAAAACUCGGUAUCCCGGGCGAAUCGACCCUCAGCGGUAUUCACUCAGCGCGUGAGGUUGUAGGAUGGUACAACGGUCUGCCUGGAUGUUCAGGCUUAGACCUGGACCUCUCACAAGCCGAGGAAGCUGUGGUCAUCGGCCAAGGAAACGUUGCUCUCGAUGUUGCACGGAUGCUUUUGGAAGACAUUGACGUUCUCAGAAGAACGGAUAUUACAGAGAAGGCGCUUGAGACGCUGUCCAAAAGCAGGGUUAAGAGAGUCCAUGUAGUAGGAAGAAGAGGGCCGAUGCAGGCUUCAUUCACCAUCAAAGAGGUGCGGGAACUCAUGAAACUAAGAGACGUAGGGUUUUUACCCUUCAAUCGAUCACUCGUUCCCGAGGAUCUGAAGUCUUUGCCACGUGCCUCAAAACGACUCAUGGAAGUGCUGGUGAAGGGCUCAUCAACCCCCCACGAGACAGCUUCCAAGUCAUGGUCUUUGGAUAGCUGUUUCUCACCAAAGCAUUUUCUUGGAAACCAGGAUGCACCCUCCAAGGUGGCAAGUACUGAAUUCGACAUUACAGAACUCGCAGCACCAUUUGACCCCAAGUCAUCUGUCAAAGCCACUGGCAAGACCACUAUCCUGCCAUCUGAUGUUGUCUUCCGCUCGGUUGGAUACAAAUCCGUAGCUCUGCCUGGGUUUGCUGAAAUCGGUAUUCAAUUUGACGAUCGUCGCGGCGUUGUCGACAACGAUGGCCUUGGUAGAGUGACGAGGAUGGUUUCUGAUACGCAUGCUGGAGGUGCUCACAAUGAGAGGGUCCCCGGAGUAUACUGCGCCGGUUGGGUCAAGAACGGUCCGACCGGAGUGAUCGCAUCUACUAUGCAGGACGCCUUCACGACGGGUGAUGCGAUUGUUCACGACUGGCUAUCAGGCGGUCGCUUUCUCAACGCUUCAAAUCAUGACAGUGUGACAGGGUGGGAGGGCCUGAGACACGACGCUGGGCCAUCAACAUGUCGAGCCGUUGCGUGGGACGACUGGAGGCAGAUUGACCGCGCAGAACGAGAGCGUGGGCAAAAGAAUGGAAAAGAGAGAGAAAAGUUCACGAGCACGGAUGAAAUGUUGACUGUCCUCGAAUGAUACCAGAGACGGGCACUUUAACUGUUUGUAUAUUACAUCACUCUGUACUUCACACCCUGUACACCUAGAUGCUUAGGAGCUCUUGACCUUCUCAGUCAGCUCAGGUACCUUUUCGAAUAAGUCACCAACCAGACCGACAUCGGCAACCUGGAAGAUGGGAGCAUCGGGAUCCUUGUUAAUCGCAGCAAUGACCUUGCUAUCCUUCAUACCUGCAAGAUGUUGAAUCGCACCCGAGAUGCCCACGGCCAUGUACAACUGAGGAGCAACAACCUUGCCUGUUUGACCCACCUGCAGACUGUUAUCGGCAUAGCCACUGUCAACAGCAGCACGAGAGGCACCGACAGCAGCACCAAGGGCAUCAGCGAGGGGAAGCAUGACCUUGUCGAACUCCUCCUUGGACUUGAGACCACGCCCUCCGGACACGACGCGGCUUGCAGUCGAAAGAUCAGGACGGUCUGACUUGGCCAAAUCUUCCGACACCCACUCGGUAGGUGACUCGGGCUUGGAGUCAACUCCAUCCUCAACGGUGGCGGAACCUCCUUCUAGGGGACCAGCAGCGAAGGCAGUUCCUCGAAUGGUGAUGACCUUGACAGAGUCUGAAGACUCAACGGUGGCGAUCGCAUUACCGGCGUAGAUGGGACGG